GUCAUGGCUGCAAUUCAGAAUGUCAUUCCUUUGGUAUUAGCAUGCAAAUUGGCUUCACGUAUACAUUCCUCAUGCGCCGCAAAUUUCAAGCUCCAACCAACAUGUGCAGAAAAGCAUAAAUCAGACGAUAAGGGAGCAAAAUUAGUCCCAUUGAAAAAUGUACAUCGUUUCAUAAGAGACUGCAUGAAAGCAAUAGGCUGUCCACCAGAUCACGCUGAAGCAAUGGCAGCUAUGAUCACCGCAGCAGACUACCGGGGUCACUACAGUCAUGGCUUGGGCCGCAUAUAUAUGUAUCUGGAGGAAAUUGAAAAUGGAUAUUGCGAUACGAAAGCAAAACCUUGCAUUCUCAAAGAAUCUGCUGCAACUGCUUGGGUAGAUGGUAACAACGGCCUGGGUGCAGUCAUCGCAAACUUUUGCAUGGGUUUAGCCAUUAAAAAAGCUCAAGAAGUCGGCGUUGGAUGGGUAGCAUGCAAAGCAUCAAACCAUUAUGGUAUUACGUCAAUAUAUCCUCUCCAAGCGAUGAAAUGUGGCCUCCUGGGGAUGAGUUUCACCAAUUCACCACCGUUUCUUGUUCCUACACGCGGCAAAGAAGCUGCCCUUGGGACCAACCCAUUAUCUGUAGGAGCACCUUCAAGUGGCGAUCCCUUUGUGCUUGACAUGGCUACAACAGCUGUGGCAUUCGGAAAGCUCCACAUAUACCAACAAAAAGGUAAACCAAUACCACGUGGCUGGGCCUUGGAUUCCGAUGGGGGACCUGUAACAGACCCCGCAGUUGCAUUAAAAAGUCAACUUCUAAUGCCUCUUGGAGGUGAAGAGAUAAACUCAGGUCACAAAGGUUUUGGACUGGCAAUGAUGGUCGAGAUAUUUUGUAGUCUCUUAGGCGGUAGUACCUUCAGUGGAAGCAUUAGAAAACUAGGCGAAGAACGUCCCGGUGACUAUGGCCAGUCAUUCGUCGCUUUGGACCCGGAAUGCUUUGCUCCAGACUUCAAAAAAAGAAUGCAAGAGUUUCUUUGUUCUAUUAAAGCAACAAAACCAAUUGAUGAGAAGAGACCAGUGCUUGUUCCCGGAGAGUUUGAAGAGGAGCAUAUGAAGUUCGUUGAAAAACGCGGAGGUGUUCGUUACAUCGGGACUGUGAUGAAAGCCUGUGAGAAACUCUCAAAAAGAAUGAGUGGAGAAAUAGACAAGUCCCAACAUGUUCUACCACUGGACCAGCCUGUGGUCUACUUGGAGUCAUCAGCUGCCUUCAAAGGUCUCACUCAUCUUGAACAGGCAUAUUCAUAUCACAUGUCCAAAGCCUGUUGGGUAGGUGGUCUGAUUACAUUUAUUCAGACAAGUGCAGAAGCACCUGAACUAUUUGUUCUCCUGCAUAAAUUGUUUUCCAAAAUAUCACCAGAACAACUUAAGGAGAAGGCUCUUAAAGCUGGGAUUGCAGAAAAAGAUGUAACAGCUUUAUUUGUAUACACUGCUGGUGUUUUUGCCAAUGCAGGCAAUUACAAGGGAUUUGGUGAUACUAAAUUCAUUCCAAACAUUGAUGAACCCCAACUUAGUGCACUCCUUGCCCUGGCUCCCAAUUGGUCUGAGUUAGAACCAAUUUGGAACAACAUAAAAUCCACUGUCUAUGAUCUGUCCAAUGGCAGACAUUGUCUUGGUUAUCCACCUCAUGGAUGCAAUACUUAUUUGUCUAAGAACUGUUCACCUGAAGACAAUGAAAAGGUGCAAAAGUGGAUGAAGAGUAAACAGAUGGAGGGCUAUAUCAGUAGGUUAUUCAAAACUGAAGAAAAUGGUAAGGUGAAGUAUGAGAUUCGUUUGGCAAGUGAAUCAACUGGUGUUGUUCAGACUGAAGAAGUUGAUAAUGUCAUCUAUGAAGUAACAAAAGGAGAUUAUUCACCGUUGAUGGGUAAAAUGGCGGAGUCUCUGAAUAAAGCUAUUGCAUUUGCUGCAAAUGAAACACAAAAAAUGUUGGCAUCUUAUGUUAAGUCAUUCAAAGAAGGAUCACUUGAAGAACAUAAAACUGCUUCAACAUUUUGGGUGCAGGAUAAGUCUCCAGCUGUAGAAAACUACAUUGGAUUUAUUGAGACCUAUAGGGAUCCUGCUGGUGUCCGUGGUGAAUCCGAAGGUUUCGUAGCGGCGGUAAACCGUGAAAUGUCGGAGAAAUUCACCAAUUUAGUGAACAACGCCGAGAAAUUCCUGCCAAUGUUGCCAUGGGGUAAAAGUUUAGAGAAGGAUAAGUUCCUCCGACCUGAUUUCACUUCUCUAGACGUAUUGACAUUCGCUGGUAGCGGAAUUCCAGCUGGAAUCAACAUUCCAAACUACGAUGAAAUUCGUCAAUCCAUAGGAUUCAAAAACGUUUCGCUUGGUAAUGUCAUCCCUGCAAGUUAUCAACAGACACAAAUUCCAUUUUUAAGCGAAACUGACAUGGAAUUAAUGAAGAAACAUCGCAUCGUGUCGUUUGAGGUACAAGUCGGACUGCAUGAACUCCUCGGGCAUGGUUCCGGCAAGUUGCUGAUCAAGGAAAAAGACGGCAGUUGUAAUUUCGACUCGGAUAUCAUCAAUCCACUGGAUGGCAAACCAAUAACGAAGUUCUACGAGGAAGGAGAUACGUACGAUUCUAUUUUUGGUCCUCUCGGAUCACCAUUUGAAGAAUGUCGCGCUGAGGCAGUCGGUUUGUAUUUAAGUUUAGUACCGUCAAUCGUAAAAAUCUUCGGGCAUGAAGGCCCCGAAGCCGAAGACAUCAUCUACGUCAAUUGGCUCAAUUUAGUUUGGGCUGGUUUGUCUUCCUUGGAAAUGUGGGACCCGAAACGCGGAUGGUUACAAGCGCAUUCCCAAGCACGUUUUGGUAUAAUGCGCGUUCUGCUUGAAGCUGGCGUUGUAACAGUCACCCAACCAACCGAUAAAGACCUAUUGAUAACUUUAGAUAGAAGCAAACUGUAUCACGCCGGACGUGAAGCAAUCGCAAGGUUCUUGGUCGAACUGCAGGUGUGCAAAUCAACCGCAGAUAUUGAAAAAGCCAAGCAGCUAUUCAGCCAUUACACAGACGUAAUCGAACCGUGGAAAUCCUGGCGAGAAAUUGUCUUGGCCAACAAAAAACCACGAAAAAUUUUCGCCCAGCCCAAUAUCGUGUCGGAAGGCGACAAAUUUAUUCAGAAAAACUACGAGGCAAGUCCCGAAGGCUUGAUUGUAUCCUGGGUUGAACGUUUCCCCGAACCUCAACCAUUCUACGAUGCCUUAUUAGAGAUAAGCAAACAGGACGCCAAACACUUUUAAAUUGGUUUCUUCUCUUUGAUAAUAUGUCAAUAUCUAGAUCUACAAUAUACACUAAAUCAGCUUUUUAUAA